AUGCACAAACCAAUCAGAGCAAUCGCGUCCCUUGGUCUGAUUUUCUUAAUUGCCUGUUGCAGUCUCGUCGUGGUUGCCCUCAAUGCCGUUGUUGUCAAAGUCCGCCCACCACCAGACCCAGGUGUACUUCCACCUCUACUCAUCCUAGGUGUCUGCACUCUCGCUGCUCCCUCACAGCAUUGUGGAUCUGGGCCACACUAA